AUGUCCAGACUGGAUGAACAGGGAAAGUGGAGGAAACACUGGUUUGUUCUGGGUCAUACUUCGCUGAGGUUCUACAGAGACUCGGAGGCUGAGGAGUUGGACGAUCUGGACGGAGAGAUCGACCUGACGUCCUGUGUGAACGUGUCUGAUUGUGACGUACAGAACCACUACGGACUCCAAAUACAAACAAAGAGAGCAGUGUUCACUCUCUCUGCUGUGACCUCCAGAAUACGGCGGAACUGGGUGAAGUUACUAAAGCAGGCGAUCCAGAACAACACGCACCAAUCAGACACCGGCAGUGAGAAAGAGAACCCCCGCUACCGGAGACCGUCGUCAUGCCAACCUCUUUCUCGAUUCACCUGCAAGGACUCUGGUUAUGAACCAACCACUUCCACUUCUACCACAGCUGCAAACUCCCAUCAGGCCGAGCACCACCGCCGCCACCAGAGUGUAGACGGGCAUCUGCACGCAGACUUCUCUCCAGCCAGUCAGAGAGGAGAAGGGGAGGGCUGGGACCGUGAGCAGGCAAAGAGAUUGGAGGAGAGAAACAGGUGGUUUGAGGAGGGGGUCCCCUUCAGUGAGAUGAGUUGCAGGUGGGACUCCAUGGAGCUGAAGAAGGGGAGUGUACCUGUGCCUGUCAUCGAAACCAUGGACUCAGAGGUCAACAGGAAGUGGAUAGAAUUUGAAACGCUAACAUUUAGAGACAUGAGUCCGCAGUCUCUCAUUGGAGCCCAGGCUUCUCAGUCAAGCCCCCCACAGGCACCACAGUCUCCAGUUACCACCCAGACUCAUGAGUCGAGCCCUGAGGAGGCCGAACACUCUGUCACUGGUUCACAGGCAGAGUUAAAAAGCUCAGAAGAAGCUCCUCCAUCUUUAAAUGGUGUCCAAACCAUUCAAACUAAUACAGCUGAAGCUCUUCAGAAGGAGGCUCUCUCCCUGCAAAAGCAAGUGGAGAGCAUCAAGAAAGAGCGAGCAGCCAUGAGGAUAGAGGUGGACAGCCCCUGUGGCCCCGGGGCCCCCUGUAGGGCCAGACUGGAAGCCAUGGAAAUCGCCCAUCGUAAAGCUAUGCAGGAGCUGCAGGAGAAACACAGGAGGGAGAUGAUGGAGCUGGAGCAGCAGAGAGACAAGAUACUGCAGGAGGAGAGCCAGGCGGCUGCUAAAG